UGCAGCUCGGCACCAUAAACAACAAAAGAAUAUAUCCGGACAACCAUGGAGAACAUUUUAGACGGCUUCUUGCGGGACUGGAAGUUGGAUCUUCUGCAAGGAGAGUUCCGCCACAACCCAGAGAACGGGGACGACGUCCACAUUCAUCUGAAGACGAAUGAGAUAUGGCGCCCCGUUAAACGAUUGGGAAGCGGUACUUUUGGAGAGGUCUGGCAGCAACAGUGUAUACGGGAAGAAUCUGUUACCGAGCUUCGUGCCGUUAAAAGAAUCAACAAGACGCAGACAGGCCUUCUCGAGUCGUCGCAGCGAGAGGUUCAAGCACUCGCCACAUUUUCCAGCCAGAAGAAGCAACAAAAUCGGUCCACGAUUGAUGACCAAUAUGAGCAAUGGUUUGUUCAGUUUCUCGGUUGGUAUGAGGAUACCAAGUACCUAUAUCUCGCUAUGGAGUUUUUAGAGUGUGGAAGUCUUCAGAGGUUUCUAGAAGUAAAGAAGACGCCUUUUGAAGAAGAAGAAGAAGCAGCUACGAUCAUUCAACAGGUUGCAGAAGCCUUGCAAUUCAUACACAGCAAGGAUUUCAUCCACAGAAAUCUCAAGCCUUCGGUAUUAUUCCACCUGGCCAAGUCCCCCGAGAUGGUGGACUCGAUAGACUACACGUCGGCGGUCGAUGUGUGGGCGUUGGGUGCUGUGGCCUUCUAUUUACGGACUGGUCAUACUCCAUUUGCCACCUGGGAGGCCUUAAGACAGUACCGUGCGGGUCAGAAGGACUUUCCAAGCCGCGUGUUGGGCGCAUCAACUGGCUUCUGCAUUGAUUUCGUCCUGGGGCUUAUGCGCCCGCUCCCGGAAACGAGGUUGAGUAUUCGGCAGGUUUUGAGCCAUGAGUGGCUUCAUAUGGGUGAAACGUGCAGAAAUUUGACGGCUCCGUCGCUUAUCAACAAAUCGCUCCCUACGCUGAGCAUGGUAAACAGGUCAACAGCCACCAGCAGUGCGCCCACACCCAGUACGCAAACCAACUCUACGCGAACCAGUAUAACUCGCACCCAGUCAAAUCUCGCGAAUAACUUGGAAGUUAAGACAAGGAACGAGAGGGUGACAGGGCAUAAUGCUGAAGUGGUGAAUCAGGAGCAGCCAAUAAUAAAAAGGGAGGCAGAAGAGAGAGAGCAGCAGCGACUGGCUGCUGAGUCAACAAACAGGAAAGCACCAGAGGGGCAAAACAAACGACAAAGAGAGUUGUCGUUUUUCUGGAAGACAAAGGAAGAAGAGGAGUUGAAGAGACAGGAAGAGCUGAGACGAAGGCAGGAGAUAGUCAAGAGGGAGGAGGAAGAGGCGGAAGAGUUGCAGCGGCAAGCAGAGCUCGAGCGGGAACGAAAGGAAAAAGAAGAGCUCGAGCAAGCGCGAGUAAAGCAAGCGCUUUUGCAGCAACAACAAGAACAACAACAGCAGCAGCAGCAGCAGCAACAACAACAAGAAAGGGAAAAACGGGCAAGAGAAGAGUCUUCAGACGCGACAGAACCAGAACUGGUAAAACCCGACGCAGAGAGGAUCAAGCGGGUUAAGAAGGAGCUUAAAACUAUCUGUAUGGUAUGCGGCGAGAAAUUCCAGCAUUUUGGCCAGCUGUUUAGGCAUCUAAAUACUGAAAGGCAUAGGAUGCCCAAGGAGUACUGGGGAGCAGGGAUAGGACACAUGGAGUUCUCGGAUAUAGAUGCUCUUGAAGCGCUUAGAGGACCGUUGGAGUAG